GACCACGCCUGUGCGGUCUGGUCUGGUCCAAAUAGACCACACUCAACGAAAAAUGAAUAAUUUGUUUAGUCAACCACACAAAAAGUUGAACCAAUAACCAGGAAAAAUAAUUUUUAUUUGCCUUAAAUAAUCAUUAAUCCUAACAUGCAUGAAUAAAUUUGAUAUUAGUACAUACCAAAGAUACAAAGUAAAAGCAUCCCAACUUGCACUAUAACGUCAUAAACAUUAACAUAAUGUCAUAUGGAGACACGAUUAUCUCUACUCUCUAGUUAAAUGUGGUUGUGAAUUAAGGAGGGACGAGAUUCACAAAACUAAGGUUGAGACUUGGGUGUCGCUGUGGGAGUUGGGAGAGUGGUCGAAUGGGCUGUUAACACGUAUUUACAAGUCAUUUGGGUCCACGGGUUGGUCCGGUAAACCGUGGUCUAGACCAGACCAAAAGAUCAAAACAUAAAAUAGUACAAACCAUGGACCAGACCAUACUGAAAGGUAGGGGUGUUGGUUCGGGGUCGGGUUCGGUUACCCAAACCGAACCCCGAAAACCCGAAACCGAAAACCACUAAAACCGAACCCGAGCCCGAUAAGGACUUGCGGGUUCCGGUUUGGUUAAAGCAAAACCGAAACCCGAAAACACGAACGCCUAAGAUACGGGCUGAGUUCUAUUCAUUGGAGGUUUUUAGACGAAACCCGAAAAACCGAUAAGCAAAACCGAACCCGAAACCCGAAACGAACCCAAACCCGAAAAUGUAUAUAAUCGGGUCGGUUUCGGGCAAACCCGAAAAACCGAACCCGAAUGGACACCCCUACUUAACGGUCUACAGGCCGGACCAAACUGUGUGGUACGGUUUGGACCACGAUUUUUCUAACGGUCUGGUCUAUUUUCCCAACCCUAAUUUGAAUGACCAGCAAGCAAUCCAUAUAUUGUAUUCGGUCAUUCUUCUCACAAGAUUAUGAUAAUUGGAUCAACACCAACCUGGAAAACAAUGAAGAAGGAGAAUGGCCAGGGGAGUGGGCGAGUUAUUUUGCUCUCAUCUUGUGGUAUAUUUGGAAACACAGGAACGAGAACAUAUUCAAAGGGAAAACUCUCACUCCCUCCUCUUUGGCAAACUAUGUCUUAACCAAAGCUAAAGACUGGAUUCGUACUUGGGAAACAGCUAGCAGCGGAUUACUUCGACAACCCGGCAGGCAUCGGAGGGAUGAACUAAUAGCUUGGAAACCGCCGACUGCGGGAUGGCUCAAGAUGAACACGGAUGGGGCUGCUCAAGGCUGUCCGGGAAUAAUAACAGCAGGGGGAGUCCUAAGAGAUACUUACGGAGACUGGAAAGGAGGCUUCUGCAGUAAAAUUGGUUCAGGUACUGCUCUUCUAGCCGAACUUUGGGGAAUUUAUCACGGCUUGGAUUAUGCUUGGAAACAAGGAGCUUAGUUCCUCAUUCUGGAAACAGACUCACAAUUAGCUUUCAACUUCAUUGAUAAAAAGGAAGAUCCAGUGCAUCCACACUCGACAUUAUUGGCCACCAUUAGAAGAAUGCUCGCACAGGACUGGGUGGUGAGAUUAGAACAUACAUACCGCGAAGGGAAUAGAGUUGCAGACUGGCUCUCGAAGCAUAGUCUUGUCUAUCCCUUCGGUUUGUAUGAACUAUCGGACCCUCCAGGAGAGGCGAGAAGGAUCAUCGGAGAGGACAUGAGAGGGGUUAGCUUCCCCAGAAAAGUGAUAUCCGAUAUUGAUAUUUCGGUUGUAAGCUAAUUCUAUACUUUUGGCUUUUGCCACCUUUACUAAAAAAAAAAAUCCAACGCUAUUUCACCGAAAUUGUUGUCAUCAUAUUUUGGACUUUCACUUCCUAAUUUGGAGACUCACGAAUUAAGGUUAAUUAUGAAAAGGGGCGAUUGAUUCGACAAAAUUAGACAAAGUCGAGACAAGAUCAGAUUAAAAGUACAGGAAAAACUGAAGAUUAGAAUUGGAUAAAAAACAUGUUUGGUUCAUUUGAUUUAGAUCAAAUUCAGUUUUGGUACAUAAAAUCAUUCAUAGUAUCAAAAUCGUACUAUAGUACAUUCAGUCCGAUUAUGUCCAAAUAUCAAUUUAGCACGAUUAGUUCCGUUGUGGGCAGGGGACCGAUCGUUAAAUUGAGUGUAUUUCUUUAAUCUAAAUAGUUAAUAUGGAGAUAGUUGGGGUUGUAAAUUUGAAAUGUUGCCUCUAGUGCGAGAACAAUACAAAUUUGAUUUUUUUUUUUGAGUUUUGAUAUCUCGAAAAGUGUACCAAAUAUUGAGAUGAAUAGAGUAGCAAAUCAGGUACAAAGGAGGAGAUUGGAGAGAAAGGGACAUGCCAAAGAGGGGGAAAUGAGGAUUUUUUUAAAAAUUCGCGAGAAAAAUUAUAAUUCAAUAUCCACUAUUAGUGUUUUGGAUGAAAUAAGCAAUAGUGAAACAAAAGCGAGAUUUAAAUGAUUAGUUGCAAUAAAAUUGUUUAAGUGGCUAACGUGCAACAAAUCAAAAUUUAAGUGACAUAUUGUAAAAUUAACCCCGAGCGCCAAGCGGAUCCCUUUUACAUGCAUUCAUUGUGGAUAAAAUUAAAAGGCAAGAGAGAAAUGUAAUUUUCUCAUUAGAUCAUUAGUUUAUCAUUCAUAAUCAAUUUGGUAAAAGAAUUUUAAACCUACCAAAAUAAAUAAUAUUUUCACAACCAUCAUUAGAGAAAUGAUAUAUUCUUUUAACCUUCAUCCACUUCAAUAAUCCACUGAUAAAAUAACCCUUCAACGUAUCAUGUAUUCAUGUGUAAAAAAUGAUUUUCAUUCAAUAUACAAGAUAACCCAUCUAGUGGCGGAGCCCGUUUGUAAAACUAGGUGUGUCCUAUUUUCAAAAUAUAAAAAUAUAAAUAAAUAUUUGAUAAUUAAAAUUGAAUGGAAACUAGCAGACUAGAAGAAGGAAAGCCCAGUAGCAGUCAAGCUUCAUAGUUCUUGGACAAAAUUGAAUAGGGUAAAUGAGAAUAAAGAACUCAAUUAGAGAUUUAUUUUAAUUUAAGAUAUUAUUUAUAGGGUAUAAAUUAAUUUUAUAUCAAUCAAAUAACAACCACUGACUUGUAUUGUAGUGGUAAAAUACUUUUAUACUCUAUAAAUGCAAUUAAUUUGA